AAUGCCUGGAGUAAGAAAAAUGAUUUUGAGUCAUGUUAUGAGUGGCCUAUGUGGAAAAAUGAACCGUGUCAAACAUUUGGAUGGUGAUGUUAUGGAAACUCCAUUACGAAGAUGUUUGAAUACAUUCGAUAUGACGUUAUUAGGAGUGGGUCAUAUGAUUGGAGCUGGAAUUUAUGUUUUAACUGGUGCUGUGGCUAAAGAUGUUGCUGGGCCUGGAAUUGUUAUAUCAUUUUUAAUAGCUGGUUUCACAUCAUUUUUAGCCGCAUUAUGCUAUGCCGAAUUUGGAACACGAUGUCCUAAAGCAGGUUCUGCCUAUGUUUAUACAUAUAUAAGUAUUGGAGAAUUUUGGGCUUUUAUUAUUGGCUGGAAUAUUAUUUUGGAACAUAUGAUUGGUGCUGCUUCGGUCGCUAGAGCUUGGAGUGGCUAUGUUGAUUCAUUACUCGAUCAUGCUAUCAGUAACACGACGGUUUUAAUCACCGGAGAAAUGCAUGAGCAAUUAUUAGGUCGUUACCCUGACUUACUAGCGUUUGGAGUAUGUAUAUCAUAUGCUUUACUUCUUGGAAUCGGUGUAAAAGGUUCGGCCCUUGUCAAUUCCAUUUUCACUAUUGUCAAUUUACUAGUGAUUUUGUUAAUAAUUACCACUGGAUUUUAUUAUGCCACACCACAAAAUUGGACUAGAAAUUUCUUACCAUUUGGUUGGAGUGGAGUAUUAGCUGGAGCGGCAACUUGUUUUUAUGCUUUCGUUGGUUUUGAUAGUAUUACAACUUCAGGAGAAGAGGCUCGUGAACCUUCUGUCUCAAUACCAUUUGCUACGAUUUUUUCUAUGGGAAUAGUUACAAUAAGUUAUAUUUUAGUAAGCGCUGCGUUAACUUUAAUGGUACCUUUCUCGCAAAUUCAUCCAACCGCUGCUUUACCUGAUGCGUUUGCGGCAAUUAAUCAUCAUUGGUUAAAAUAUAUGGUAUCAGUAGGUGCCUUAUGUGGAAUGACCACAACCCUAUUUGGAUCCUUAUUCUCCUUGCCCCGUUGUAUGUAUGCAAUGGCCAGUGACGGAUUAUUAUUCGAAUUUAUGUCAAAAAUCAAUCCAAAAACUAAAUUACCUUUAUAUAAUUUAGCUAUUGGUGGGUUUUUAUCCGCUUUGCUAGCAUUAUUAUUUGAUUUAGAAAAACUUGUGGAAUUUAUGUCAAUUGGUACCUUAUUAGCAUAUACAAUUGUAAGUUCGGCUGUUAUAGUUUUACGAUAUCGACCAAUUAGUCCUCCAAGUAUACCUUUAACACCUGGUACUGAGGACAGUUCACCGGAAACCGAAUCGUGUAGUCCCGUUUCGGAUAAAAGUAAUGAUACUGCAUCAGCAAUGAUUUUGGCUGGACAUUUACGCACAAAUUACUCAUGGCUAACACCAGUUUUUGGGAAAUGUGAACCUGGCGGAGCAGUAACUGGUGCUGUUAUUCUAUUUAUAUGUGCAUCCAGUACAUUUUGUAUAACUUUCCAUUUUUCAAAAUCGAUUCUUCACCCAGAAGCCUGGUGGACAAUUCUUUUGAAUGUGUUUCUAUUGAUGAUAAUCUUUCUUUGUGUUUUUGUUAUGGUGGCUCAUCAACAAAAUACUACAGGCCUACGUUUUCAAGUUCCUAUGGUUCCAUAUAUUCCAUGUUUGAGUAUAUUUUUCAACAUUGAGCUAAUGAUUCACUUGAGUGUAUUAACUUGGAUACGUUUUAUUGUCUGGAUGAUAAUUGGUAUGUUGGUAUACUUUUUAUAUGGAAUUCAUCAUAGUAAAGAAUCUGACCCAGCCACCACAUAUUCGAUGUUAAUGACUUCCUCAGAAGCUGGUAAAUCUCAAUGGGGAGCAACAACACGAACAGCAAUUAAAGGGGCACUAAUGGCACGAAAACAUAAAGAGGCAGCUGAUAAGAAACCGAUCAUCGAUGAAGAAGAAAUAGUUCAGUAAACACAAAAAAUUCUCUUCUAUCCGGAAACUAUUAAAAGUUUUUAAUAGAUCCAAAAUUUUGGAAAAAAUGGGAACUGAAAAGUUUAAUUUAUUUUAUUAAACAAGAAAUAUUAUAGCACAAAAAGUAGCACAAUAUUUUUUUAGAAGAAAUUAUUCCAAUUUAACCCCUCAAACUCAAAUAAAUGUGAAAAACAAGAUAUAUAUUACAAUAUUUAAAAAGGGUUAAAAAUGUGUUAGGACAAUACAUGUUGAAAAUAUAUAGACAAAACCCAAUAUACUCAAAAUAUAGUCUUCAAAUUAUAGCUCAUAUUAAUACAACGGUCCUAUAGAUAUUUUCAUUUAGGUUUAGUUUUUUUGUUGGGAAAUGUCUGAAAAUAAAAUGGCUGUUUUGAUUGAAUAUUUAGGUUUAUGAAAUGGUACUAAAUAAUGAUUAUCGAUUGUGAUCAAUGAAUUAUUUAUGGUCAUUAGUAUUUUUAACGAAAUUAUUUGAUGAUUUAUGAGUUCAGUAACAAUUCCGUAUUUUUCAAAUACAACCACAAUUUAUUA